AUUACGCAAGUGCUCACGUUUGGGUAGAAAAUUGGGAAUAUUACAAUUCAAAUGAUCCAUCAACAGAGAAUUACUCGCGAGCAGAAAAUUUCAUGUUGAACUUUAUUUGCAAAUGGUCUACGGAAGAGUUAGAAAAGCCCGUAUAUCUUGCAAAGAAUGUGGCCUUGCAAGAGACGGUUGGCUCCCUGUAUCCAAAUACUCUCCAUCAGCAUCGACAAUAA